UAGGCACGGGGAUCCCAGCACAGGAAGGACGCCCUGCAGAGCCGGACUGUCGUCAGGAGCUCCAAGUGCCGUGAGCAGAGGCUAUCCGUGAGGCUGGGAGGCUCACCAUGGUGGACAGGCAUCUCGACAUGGGCACCUCAGCCGCCACCUUCACAGAGAUCCUCCAGCUGGAACCAGGGAUGCUGUCCAGCCAGGGGGGGAUGUACGGCUUCACUCGGAACUCGGCCCGACGGGACCCCAAGAAGUCGGGCAUAUCUGGCCCAAGCAUCCAGUCCAGGGUCCUGAGGCCGCAGCCAUCCCCUGAGAAUGCCGCCCGGGAGCGGAGCCGCGUGAGGAACCUGAGGCAGGCUUUCCGCAGCCUGCAAGCUGCCCUGCCCUCUGUGCCACCUGACACCAAACUUUCCAAGCUAGACGUGCUGGUCUUGGCCACCAACUACAUCGCUCAUCUUUCCCAGACCCUGGACCAGGGAGGGUGCAUGACCGAACAAACGGGGCCAUGCAAGGCAGGUGGAUACCUCCACCCUGUCAAGAAAUGGCCCAUGCGAUCCCUGCUGUACUGCGGAAACGUGGAGGAGAUGCUGUCUGGGGCGUCAACCAGCCAGACGGGGAUUUCGGGGGUAGACGAUGCCCCCCCGCUGACCCCUGACCUCGGCCACAGAAAUUGAACAACCCAGGAAAUUAUUACCCAGUUUCACAGCAGAUGAGCAGUCUGAGUAAUUUUUUCUGGAUACAAGUCUGAUGGGAUGCAAUGUGAAAUGAACAGCCAUUUUAGCGAUGCCUGAGAUGAAAAGGCAAUGAAAUUCCUGUAAUGUAAGAUGAAUUGCAAAAAAGGUUAACUGCACUUUUCACUAGAUUGACAUUUUACUCAUCAGGCACACAGGCCAUUGCACAAAUGUAUAUUGGCCUGGAACCUCAUUAUGAAUUUAUUUUUAAAGCAAGUGUUUUUCCCCCUUCUGACUCGACAGUGUUCGGGGUUCACACUUUUUUAGAGGAUACAAUAAAAUAGAAUAAUUUCUCUUU